UCCGGAAACUACAAGUCAGCUGCUGGGAAGCUGAAGGUGUUUAUUCCUGAAUUAUCUUGAUGGCAGACGUCGCCAGUUUUUAGGGUGUUGUUUCUGGAAACAGUAACGGCUGCUACUGGGGAACUGAAAGUCUGUGACAGACUGUGAAGAUGAAGUCUGUGGUUCUGCUCGAAGCUUUCUCUUUGGCUUGUUUCGUGCUGUUAUGCCAAGUGACGGCGAAGAAUUCUGAAGACAUCCGUUGUAAAUGCAUCUGCCCACCAUACAGAGAAUUCAAGGGGCAAAUCUACAAGCAAAAUGUUUCUCUCAAAGACUGUAACUGUCUUCAUGUAGUUGAACCCAUGCCGGUUGACGGAAAAGAUGUGGAGGCGUAUUGUUUACGCUGCGAGUGUAAAUAUGAAGAGAGGAGUUCGGGGACGAUUAAGGUUACCAUCAUAAUGUACCUCUCCAUUUUGGGUCUGCUGCUGCUCUACAUGGUCUACCUGACUCUCCUGGAGCCCAUAUUGAAGAGGCGUCUGUUUGGACACUCACAGCUCAUCCAAAGUGAUGAUGAUGUUGGGGACCAGCAGCCUUUUGCCAAUGCUCACAAUGUUCUGUCCCGUUCACACUCUCGACCCAACAUGCUGAACAAAGUGGAGCAUGCCCAGCAGCGCUGGAGGAGGCAGGUCCAGGAACAGAGGAAGUCUGUGUUCGACCGCCAUGUUGUUCUCAGUUAAACUGCCUUGCGAGAAAGAAUUACCGGUGGAGCAAAAAAACAAAACAAAAAAAACACCACUGUGAUGGAGCCCUAAAUUUAUAUAGUUCCUUUCUCUCAUUUGUCAUUUGUAUCUCCUCACGUGAGACACUUCCGAGGUGAACGUGGGGGAAGAAAUCUCUAUCUGUAGAGCAGAAGCCCCUGGUAGGUGUAUAAUCAAAGCUGGGAGCUCUUUUUUAGUCUGCAGGCAGCACAAGCGAUUACAGUGAAUUAAUUUUUGCACAAUCUUGAAUGAACAGUCUUAAAUAGUGUUUCCAAAAGCAGAAUUUACUCUCUGCCUGCUGUCCAGUUUGCAAAAGUGCCAAGUCACCGGAGAAUUUGCAAUGAAAAAAUUGAUGGUAGAGACUAAUAACCCUGAGAUAAAAAAACAUCUUUCAAGUGAAUAUUUUAUUAACAUCCUCUAGGUAUUUCUGGCCACAGUGUCAGGUGGCAUCACAUCAGUCCAAAGCUGACCAGUCUUUCACUUUUACAAGCCAAAGUGGCUUCCAGAGUAAAACUACCACUCAUUAUGGCUGGACAACUGGGCCAGCCUCCUGGCUGCAGUAAUGAUCUGUUAACAUGUAGCUGGUGAGUAUUUUCCACCCAAAUCCUAAUAUAACUUAGAACUACUGUUCUCAGCACAGGAGAAAGGAAAUGGUGUAAAAAAAUAAAUCUUUCAGCCUUUGAAAAUGCAUGUUUUAUAAUAAAGCUUUUAUAAAUGUGUUUUCAAUCCUCCAUUCCUACCAUAAUGUUUAAUGUCUGAUAACUGCUGUGGAAUCCAUCAUGUAAUGCAUAACAUUAAAUUUGAUGUUUGAAAGUAGUGUCAUUGAACCUCGUUACUGAAACCGAUAAAAUUUCUUGUUGAUGUCAUAGUAAAUGUAACUGCUGUUGAUUCUCAUUCGUUGAAGACUCUAUUUUCAAUCAGUGCCCUCUUCAACUGCCUAAUCAACUCUUUGUUUUUGGCACUUUUGCAUGCUUGGUCUAACAUCACUUCCGUUUUUGAAGGUCCUAGUUGCCUAACAGGCAGCGUUAGUAUGACGAGUGAUAUUCUGAGUUAGAAGAAGUUUAUUUUGUGUAUGUUGGCGCUGUGUACGUGGGUGGAGUGGAUGAAGAACCACUGUUGGGAGAACUAUGAAAGUGUUUUUUUAACUAUAUGUUAUACCUUUAACUUUGAAAUAAAUUUAUGUCAUAUUUGUGA